AUGCACCUUCUACAGACGAAGAAUCUAGCAGAGCUCUGCACCCUGGUCAUCGAUGAUAUCUACGGGGAGCUGCCAUCGCGCAUCUUCGCGGCGCUGCUGAACAGAGGCAGAGCCGGCCUGGCACAGCUCGCGCAGUACACAUCACUCACUCCGAAGCAACUCCGUCACGGCCUCGCCGUUCUCCUACAAUACGAUCUCCUCUUCUUCUAUGUCACCGGGAUAGACCGCACAACCGUCUACGAUGCCAACCCCUCUGCCGCCUACAAUCUGUUGCGGUCGGGCAAGGUGCUCGAGAUGGUUGAGACGCACUACGGCACCGACGCUCGCGAUGUGAUGCAAAGCCUGUUUGCCCUGGGCCAUACCCGCAUCGCCGACCUUAAAGAGGCCUACAAAGCCAAGAUCGGUAAAGCAGAUGCGUCCAAGAAUGGCGCAAAUGGUGCAAAUGGUGUAAAUGGUGCAAGCAGCAGCCACACGAACGGCCACCACGGAGACGGAUACACAAACGGCGACAUCCCCCACCACCCCGAAGACGAGAGCCGGGCUCGAGGUCCGGAGAUCCGCUCGCUCGAGCACCUCAACUCUGUUCUCUGCCGGCUAAUCCAUGCCGAAUUGCUCGAGGUAGUAACGACGGCGUCUUUCAAGAGCUUUCCCGACCGCCAAGCCGAAACCCGCGAGAUGAUUAAGAAGAAAUAUUUCCCCGACGGCAUGCGAGGUCUGAAGAAGAAGGAGGAGUACGAGACUCGCGUGUCCGAAGAGCUAUACAACCUGCGCGAUGAGCCUCGCAAACUCAAGCGCACGCUCCAGGCGCACGGCGGCCCCCAGAAACGUAGGAAGCUGCUCAACGGCGACAAGAGCAAUGGCUUCUACAGCGACGACAGAGACCCGCCAUUGGACCCCAAGAUUGUCCUGCGCGUCAACCACGAAAAGUGUGCUGUAGAGCUACGGAACCGCCGCCUUGUGCAGGCCGCUGCCGCUGCCAUUGGAGAGACCACUGCUCAGGUCUACGAUGCUCUACUGCGCUUGCUGACCGAAACGAUCCCCCGCUGCCGCGCCGAUCCGCUUGUCGACAUUGCUGGCGGCGACUUCUUCCGCCCGCGCGCAGUCAACACGUCAGAUAUCUUUGACAACCUCAGCCCAAACCUCGACGUUUUUACUGGUAUCGGAAAGGCCUCGGCUGACGAAAUCGACAUCCCGACAGCAGAACGCUUAGAACGCCACGCAAAGGUCGACACCGUUGUGUUUGGCGGCGAUGAGGGCGGCGAAGAGGAAGAUGUCGAUCUGGAUAACGAGGACUACGACUCUGAAGGCGAAACCUACCCGCCCCCAGCCGCUCCUCUACAACAAGCUUCUACCCCUUCACUGAACGGCAGCCACACACCGAACGGUUCUGCAACCACCAAAGCCGCACUCAGCACAAAAGGUGUCAAGUUCGACGACAGUGCUGCUGCUGCUGCCGCGUCGCCACCCUCGGAAGAACUGCGCCUGCAGCAGAUGCGCCAGCACCUCCUCCUCCUGUGCGACAACAAGUACAAGUUUGUGCGGCACUGCGACCGCGGCACAUGGACCGUCGACUUUGAGCCGCUGCUCAAGCGGUUGCGCGAGUCAGAGCUCGACAAUGCGAUUGAGCGCAAGGUCGGCCGCCAGGGCCUCCGUCUUGCCCGCAUUCUGCGCGACAAAGGCAAGCUCGACGAGAAGACGCUGCCAACAUUGGCGCUGAUGAAGAAGAGCGACGUGCAGAACAAAAUGCUCGAAAUGCAGAUGCACGGCUUUGUCGACAUGCAGGAGGUGCCACGCGACAACAACCGGUCCGCCAGCCGAACGCUCUUCCUGUGGUUCUGCGACACGCCGCGGUCGCUCGACACGCUUCUCGACAACGCCUACAAGUCCAUGGUGCGCUGCCUGCGCAUCCGCGACGUGCACCGCCAGGAGAACAAGGAGGUUCUGACGUUUGUGCAGCGUCCGGACGUCAAGGGGCGCGAGAAGGAGGCGCUCGAGAAGAAGUACUUUGACAAGUACCAGUCGUACUGCGAGAUCGAGCAGAAGCUGAUGGGCCAGGUGAUGCGGCUGGACAGCCUUGUCGGCACACUGCGCGACUAUUAA